UGCAGUGCAGUAGCACCUUGCAAUGUAACACAAAAGAAACCUAUAACCGAAAAAAAAAAAAAAAAAAAAUCCACACUCGUGGACGCAAAAUCCAGAUUCAAGCAAAAUGGCACACAACACUCACAAUCAUUAGCAGCAGUUUUUGAAUCCCACGGAACCUUGUCGUUGUUGUUGUUGUAUGGGAGCAAUUUCAAUUGCCCGUGUUCAGAUUUUACUCCUUCUCGAAUUGAAUCUAGCUUCUGCUGUUAUCACGUUCCCAUCAAAAUAUUUCCUUCAAAUUCUUCAAUCGCAAGCCACUCACAACCCCCCACCAACUUUCUCUCCGACCCUUUUCCGAAGUCGGAGAAAAGUUUUGUUUUUUUUCCUCAGAUCUCAGGUUUCCCCUUCACGGGUCAUUCCAAAAACCAAAACCCCAUAUGUGAGUUUCACAGGGAUCUGGGAACAAUAAAGCGGGCGAUGUUAGGUGCGGUGCAGUUGGGUUUGUUAGCGGCGUGCGUGGUUCUUUUUGUGCCUAUGGGUAUGGCGGGUUGGCACUUGAGUCGCAACAAGGUUCUCUUCUUCAGUGGCGCACUUUUCAUCACUCUCGCUGUUGGGGUUCACCUCACACCUUAUUUCCCUUCGGUUUCUGAUUUCGUCACAUCGGUUUCCUCUUCUUCUGUUAAUGUUGUAGUGGACGAUCGCGAUUCCUGUGUUUCGUUGCUUCAUGAAAUUGUCUGGGAGGUGAGGCCGAGGGUGUUUGACUUUGACCCUAUGAAUAACAAUUCAGUGAACUACGAAAAGUCUUGGUCUUGGAAGAGAUCGGGUUCUGUGGAGUCCUGUGAGUUUCAGAGGCUUAAUCGGCACGACGUUUCGGUUUUGCUUAAUGGGUCUUGGGUCGUGGUGGCGGGGGAUUCGCAAGCUCGAAUCUUUGCGCUUUCGUUGUUGAGUUUAGUUCUGGACUCAGAAGGUAUGGAAUCUGUUAAAGGGUCUUUGUUCAAGCGGCAUAGUGAUUACCACACUGAGGUGGAUGAGAUGGGGAUGAUGUUGGAUUUCAUGUGGGCACCUUAUGUCACCAAUUUGACUAGUUUGGUUGCGGGGUUCAAGAGGAAUCGUGUUUAUCCUGAUCUUUUGGUGAUGGGUUCUGGUUUGUGGCACAUGCUGCACAUCACGAAUGCUUCGGAUUAUGGUGUGUCUUUGGGGGUUUUGAGGAGUUCGGUGACUUCACUGUUGCCGGUGUCCUCCGAAUUUGGCAAUGAUGAGUCUGUGGCGGUUAGAUCGCCACACUUGUUUUGGCUGGGGAUGCCAACUUUGGUGAACUCCAUGUUGAAUACAGCGGAGAAGAGGGAGAAGAUGACUGAUCUAGUGCGAGGAGAAUAUGAGAGAGAGGUUAAGAGAAGUGGCAUGUUAAGGCAGUUUGAGGGUCCACUUCAUCUACUGGAUAUUGGGUCAUUGAGUUGGAAUUGUGGGAUCAGGUGUACAGAUGAUGGGAUGCAUUAUGAUGGGGUUGUUUAUGAGGCUGGGGUUCAUGUUAUGUUGAAUGCAUUGCUUAUUGAAUCUCAUCAGAAGAUAUGAAGUUUGUAGCAUCGGUUUGGUUCCCCUCAGAUGUGAGCACCUCAGCUCCCUCCUCAUCGAUGUAUACGGUAGGACUCUCCGACGAUUUUGAUUAAUAGAAGUUCAGUUCUUCCACCAUAGCUUGCGAUUUUUGCCUGGUUUCUUCUGAGGCAUUAGAUUCAUUUAGUUUUAGAGUGAUUAUUAUUGUUAUAGUAUACCACAUUUGGAUUUUUUUUUGUUUCUUUCUUUUUUUCUGUUUUACUGUAUGCUAACAGCUCAUGUAUUAGUCACAAGAAUUGGAAACUAAGUUUCUGUACAAACAGUUCACA